ACCAGAUCGGGAAAUCAUAACAUUGUGCGAUUAUCAAAUUAAACAAAAAUAUUUUGUCGCGUUUUCGGGAGAGAAAGUAUUAUUUAAUCAGAUCCACAGAAUGGCUAAGAAAAUGUUCUGCAGUAUAUUGAUGGCAACGACCCUCCUCAUGCUGAGUGUCGACGCGAGACCCUCGAUGAUGGAGACGGCCAGCGUCGAUCCCAGCGAGUAUCACGGGAAUCUGUCCGAGGAGACCAUCCUGAAAGUGCAACAGUGCGAAAAGGACACUGCCACAAUGGAGCUGUGCAUGCGAUGUGCCAAGGUCACCAAGUCCCAGAUCAUAUAUCCCAUGUGCUGUAGCAACGAUGAUGGCAUCAAGGACUGGUGCAAUGCCUAUGUCUUCUAUGGCGACCAGUAAGAUGGCGUAGAAUGCAGGCGGCGAACCAAACUGUGUAAAUUAAAUUAUUUCGCACUCCUGCUGGGAUUGGCUGUGAUAACCUAUUGUAUUUAACUUAAAUUAUGUAUAUAUUUAGAAAUAAACAAGGCUAAAUUAUCUUA